GCUAUAUUGUGAUUGGUAUGCCAGGUUGGUGCUAUAUUGUGAUUGGUAUGCCAGGUGGGUGCUAUAUUGUGAUUGGUAUGCCAGGUGGGUGCUAUAUUGUGAUUGGUAUGCUAGGUGGGUGCUGUAUUAUGAUUGGAAUGCCAGGUGGGUGCUGUAUUGUGAUUGGUAUGCCUGGUGGGUGCUAUAUUGUGAUUGGUAUGCCACAUGGGUGCUAUAUUGUGAUUGGUAUGCCACGUGUGUGCUGUAUUGUGAUUGGAAUGCCAGGUGGGUGCUAUAUUGUGAUUGGUAUGCCAAGUGGUUGUUAUAUUGUGAUUGGUAUGCCACUUGGAUGCUAUAUUGUGAUUUGUAUGCUAGGUUGGUGCUAUAUUGUGAUUGGCAUGUCAUCUGGGUGCUGUAUUGUGAUUGGUAUGCCAGGUGGAUGCUAUAUUGUGAUUUCUAUGCCAGGUGGGUGCUAUAUUGUGAUUGGUAUGCCAAGUGGGUGCUAUAUUGUUAUUGGUAUGCCAGGUGGUUGCUAUAUUGUGAUUUGUAUGCCAGGUGGGUGGUAUAUUGUGAUUGGUAUGCCAAGUGGGUGCUAUAUUGUGAUUGGUAUGCCAGGUGGUUGCUAUAUUGUGAUUUGUUUGCCAGGUGGGUGCUAUAUUGUGAUUGGUAUGCCAGGUGCUAUAUUGUGAUUUGUAUGCCAAGUGG